AUGGUGUUUCUAACCAUGACAACUGUUAUAGUGGAAGGGCUGGAGAAGAUACGGACUUCAAAGCCUGAAGAGGAGAAGGACGAGCCCCGAGAGAAGGGUGCGGAAGAAGGCAACUCCGCAGACGAUAGCCCCAGCGAGAAUCUGCCAGUCGCUACAGUCCAAGAGGCGGCCGAUAAGCAACAAGGCACUGUGAAAGGAAGCUCGUCGAAUGUCUCAGUUGGAACAGCAAACUCGACCCUAGAUGAGAAGGCAGAAUCAACAGAGCCUUCACUGGAGAAUCCCAAAGUCGGAAACCCAAUAUCUCACGGCCAAGUCAUCGACCUAUCAAGGCAAUUGAAAGCCCAAGGAUUAUCGCCCUGUAGUUUGGAGAUUCUGCUAAAAGGGGUGAGAGUCUAUAUACCACCCCCUCCAGCAAAGAAGGAACCUACAUCCGAAUAUAAAGCCCUAAUGGCUCGUCUCCGCUACGAAGAAGAAAACAGAGCUUACUCACGAAUGACCCAAUCCGCUCCACCUCUCGAGACUUUCGCGUCACGCUUCCCCACCACCUCAUCCGCCAAUGCAUUCGCUAUGAACCACGAGCCCGCAUCUUCUGAGGAGGAGGAAGUCGUAUACGCGGACAUCGAUCGGCAGGUUGCGCUCAUUCUAAAUGUUCUCGUUAGUAUCGUUGCUUGUGCAGGAGCUAUCUGGGUGGUUGCAAGGUGGUGGAGCACACCAGUACGACUUGCGCUCAGUAUGAGUGGUAGUGCGUUGGUGGGCAUUGCGGAGGUGGUGGUUUACUCUGGGUAUAUCAGGAGGGUUGGUGAGGCGAAGGGGAAGGAGGGAAAGUUGAAAGAGGUUAAGGAGGUGGUGAAGACUUGGGUUAUUGGGGGCGAGGACGACGAUGAAGGAUUCGGGGAAGAAAGUCACUCAAUUCCAGUCGAACGUAGGAGUGAUGCGGAUAGUAAAGCUCGAAGGCGGAGGAAAGAAAAUUCUUAA